GCGCCUUGAAACAUGUAGCCAAUCGCGUGGCUCCUCGUCGUCGCCAACCAAUCACGCGCCGACCUGUCAGUUUGGCAUUUUUGGCACAAGUGCGCUUACAUAACCUCACAUUUUUUACAAAAAUAACUCAAAUGAUCUCACUCGAAAAUGGAUAUUCCGUACGGUAAAGUCGCAAUUUACGUGUUAACCUUCCUCGGUUAUAUUUAUUCGGGGUAUGGGUCCGGUCUUUUGACCAACCUGCGAGACGCUGUGCUUUCCGCCGAGACAAUUUUCGGAGAUGUCUUGCAAAAUGUGUUAAAAGUCGCGAAAAACUUCCGAAAUUUGCACGAAGUGUUCGAUGCCGCGGUCGAGGAGCACUGUAUCUACCAGUGCCCCACAGGUGCCCCACCGAGGCCAAACCGGAACCAUGUACCAUCGGCUGAUGGGUGUGGGUCGCUGGGGCUUAAGAUAAACAGUGAUUACUUGCCGGUGGGGGAGAUGAAGAAAUGUUGUGAUUUGCACGAUAUUUGUUACGAUACUUGUAACAGUGAUAAGGAGGUUUGUGAUGUGGAGUUUAAGAGGUGUUUGUACAAGUACUGUGAUGGGUAUGAACAAGCCGUUGGAGGAACGUCGAUUGUCAAAGCGUGCAAGGGGGCUGCUAAGAUGUUGUUCACCGGGACGUUGACUCUCGGGUGCAAGUCGUACAUCGACGCCCAAAAAAAGGCCUGCUAUUGCCCCCCUGAAUACGGCUGGAAAGACAAGAAGAACCGGAAGUACACCCGAGGCGACGAGUUAUAGCCCCUUAAUUUAUUUUGUGUUGUCAAUUUCUGUUAAUUAUAAGGGAAAAUAAACUAUUUUCUUUU